GGAGAAGUGAAAUGGGGGUUUAACCUAAGAGAGGAGAAAAAGGAGAAGUGAUUUAAAGACAGAGGAAAGAGGAGCUGAGGGCAUCGAACAAAGCAAGCCUUGGCAGAGUAAACACUUUGCCAAACGUCAAAACCCUCGAAACCAAUGGAAGACGAAGACGAGUUCGGAGAUUUAUACACAGACGUUCUUCGACCCUUCGCUCUUUCCUCAUCCUCUGCGCCGCAACCCCACCACUCUUCCCCUGCACCCGCCUCUUUCGAUCUCAACACCCCUCAGAUCCCCUGCGAUGCACCCCACUCUAAUUCCCCUGCACCCAAUCGCCUCCCUUCUCCUCAACCCCGUCAACCAACCCUCUCCGCCGCCGCGCCGAUCGACAGCCACAACGAUGCGCCUGCCCAGCCGCCAGCCCACGGAGAAGAGGAAUCAGCCGACGGUGUUAAAAUUCUCGAUGCAGAAUUCGCGGAUAGGGCUUUGCAGGAUUCAAAAGUCGGUGCCGGCAGCCAAGUCGGCGCUGAGGGCGUUGAUCCGAUGGACAGAGAUGUGAAAUUCGAUAUUGAAGAUGAAGACGGUGGCGAUGUUGGCUCGGAGCCGGUUAUUCCGGGGUUAUCCGGUGGUGGCGGCGAGGUGCUGCGGAGGGUGGAGGAGGAAGGCGGUGAGGGAGAUGAUUGGGACAGCGACAGUGAGGAUGAUUUGAAGAUAGUGUUGAAUGAUAACAACCACAUGGCUAUGGAACGGGGUGGGAUGGGGGAUGAUGAUGUGGGUGUGGAUGAUGAUGAUGAUGAAGAUGGAGGGCUUGUAAUUGUGGCUGGUGGUGAUCCGAAUCAGGGUGCGGAGGAGCAAGAGUGGGGUGAGAAUGCAACCCUAGCUUCUGAUGGCGAGAGGAAGGAUGCCGCUGAAUUGGCCAAGACGGGCGCCGCUGGUGCGGCGCCGCCUAAGAUUGGGUAUAGCAAUCAUGGGUAUCAUCCGUUUCAUUCCCAGUUUAAGUAUAUUAGGCCUGGUGCAGCACCAAUGCCUGGAGCUACUACUUCUGCUCCAGGAGGGCCUCCUGGUCAGAUUCGUCCACUUGCUAACUUAGCCGGUCGUGGCAGAGGGGACUGGAGACCACCUGGAAUAAAAGGGGCUGCUGCUAUGCAAAAAGGUUUUCAUGCAGGUCCUGGAGUACCUGGUUGGGGCAACAGUGGUGCGGGGAGGGGUUUUGGUGGUGGAUUGGAAUUUACACUUCCUUCUCACAAGACUAUAUUUGAUGUUGAUAUUGAGAGUUUUGAGGAGAAACCAUGGAAAUAUCCAAAUGUUGAUACAUCAGAAUUUUUCAACUUUGGUUUGAAUGAGGACAGCUGGAAAGAUUAUUGCAAACAACUGGAGCAACUACGCCUGGAAUCUACAAUGCAAAGCAAGAUCCGUGUUUAUGAGAGUGGUCGAACAGAGCAGGAGUAUGAUCCAGAUUUGCCCCCUGAAUUAGCUGCAGCUACUGGCAUACAUGAUGUUCCUGUUGAAAACACAAAUUCUUUAAAAUCAGAUAUUGGUCACAGUGAUGUUAUCAAAGGUUCUGGGACUGGACGUGUGCGACCCCCACUACCAACUGGUAGAGCAAUACAGGUGGAAGGUGGCUGUGGUGAACGACUUCCUUCCAUUGAUACCCGUCCUCCUCGAAUUCGUGAUUCAGAUGCAAUUAUUGAGAUUGCUUUACAGGAUACGGAAGAUGAUUCCUCUGCAGGAAUUGUUGUCCAAGAUCCACCAGAGGGUGGAGAACCCCAUAGAGCAGAUUUUAGAGAAGACCAUGUACCUGGAGAUGAAAUUCCAAGGUUGGAGCCUGAGUAUUUUGAUGGUUUUCGACAGGAUUAUAAUGGUCGAAAGAAAGAGCUUGGUGGAAGAAGAGUGCCAUUAAUGAAUUCUAGUCCUGCUAACAUACCCAAUGGAGAUGAACAUUUGUUCUUCCCACAGGAAGAGCCAAUUGAGUACUCUGGUUCGAGGGGCCAAAACCCUAGAUCGUAUGCUGUCAAUGUUAGCUCCUCUCGUGAUGAAAGGCAGAUGCAAAGAGGGCGUGGUCAGUCUCCUCCUAUUUCUCCUAUUCGAGAAUUGAUAGCUGAUAACAAUCAAAAAGAAGAGUCAGUUGAAAGCAUGGAAGGUAGACACAGUACACAUUUGUCAUCCCCUGUCAUUAAGGAUAUGAGGGAGUCCAGUGUAGAGGAAAAGGAAACAGAGGUUGAGGACACUGGGACAGCUGAUGGAAGUUCCAGAUUGGAAAAGGAGGAAACAUCAGACAAAGCAAAUACCCUUGACGAUGAGGAGGCAAAGCGGCAGAAAUUACCAUCUCAAGUUGAGCAACCUUUGCUUGAUGAAGUUAAUGAUUGGGAGGAUUCAAAAGCUGCAAGAAGCAGUGAUAACAGCAAAGCAAGGUCAGCAAGCAGCAGGGAUAACCAGAAGCGGCGGGAGGGUUUUGAGGAGGAAGUAAUUCAGGAUCCACGAUCAGUACAUCUGGGUAGCAUCAGACAGCACCCUGAUGAAAUUGAGCAGGGAUUUUAUAGAAGAGAGCAUGAUAUAAAGCAAGAACCUGAAAGAAAUCGCAUGAUACUUAAAGGCAGAGAGAGAUCUUACCCAUACAAGGAUCGGCAUCCUAGCUCAGCCCCUCAGUUGCACACAAAUACAGAUGGAUUUGAUGGGCAAAAGGAUAGGGAUAAUUCUGACAUGGAUUGGGUGCGAAGAGAUGAUGAUCUCUAUAGCAGAAGGGUUAGAAAUGAUGAGCCUAGAAAGAGGGAUAGGGCUAAGGUUCGAGAAAAUGAGAGAAAUGACAAAGAAGACAGCCUUCAUUCUAGAAAACAGGUGGAUAAUGGUAGUUACAGGGCUUCUUAUGAUAAGGAUGUUGGGCCUAGAGACUCAAGACACAGGGAAAGAGAUGAAAGCUUGAGGAUAAGGUAUGAAAGCGCGGAGGAUUAUCAUAGCAAGAGGAGGAAGGAUGAGGAAUAUCUUAGGAGGGAGCACAUUGACAAAGAAGAAAUUCUGCAUGGCUACAGGGAAAAUGCUAGUCGGCGCAGACGAGAAAGAGAUGAAGUAUUGGAUCCACGAAAGAGGGAUGACCUGCAAAGAACUAGAGAUAACCCUGAUGACCAAUAUGCUGCUAGGCAGAAAGAGGAGGCCUGGGUCCUGAGGGAGAGGGGUGAUAGGCAGAGAGAUAGGGAGGAGUGGCAUCGGAUGAAACAGUCCCAUGAAGAACUCCUACCCAAGCGUGAAAGAGAAGAAGGACGCAGUUCUGUAAGAAGUGGACGAGGAGCUGAAGAAAAAGCAUGGGUUGGCCAUGUUAGGGCUAAAGAUGAACAUAAACUUUCUGAGAAGGAAUACCAAUCAAGAGAAGCAAUGCGACACAAUGACCAAUUGAAGAGGAGGGAUCGAAUACAGGAUGAAAGUCUACAUCAUAAGGGGUGUGAUGAUGCUUAUGCCCGUGGAAAUCAAUAUGCUACUGAGGAAAGGCGAUCUAGGCAGGAAAGAUCAAGUAGUCGUAGUGAUCGUGUUGCUAAUGCUUCUGAUAACCAAAAAGUUGAGAGAAAGCAUAGAGAGGGCUCAAGGAAAAGCAAAGAACGUGAUGUUAGUGAUCUUAAUAGUUUAGGGCUGUCCAAGAGAAGUCAAGAAAAUCAAAGUGGUCCAAUCAAUGAGAAGGGCUUGAAAGGAUCUGGUGACGAAGAACGUGCUGAGCAUGAAAUUCCAGGGCAUCGCCUGUCCAGGAAACAGCGUGAGGACAUUUCCUCAGAUGAUGAACAGCAAGAUUCUCGCAGAGGACGUUCUAAAUUGGAACGCUGGACAAGCCAUAAGGAAAGAGAUUUCAGUAUCAGCAAGUCCUCUACUUCCUUGAAGUUUAAAGACAUUGAUAAGGAUAACAAUGAAGGAUCUUCUGAAGCUGGGAAGGCUGUGGAUGAACCCAAUAAAACUGUUGAUGUUGAUAAUCAGCAUCUCUUGUCGACUGAAGCAAGGGAUUCUGCAGAUAUGGAGAGUAGGGAUGUGGAUACAAAAGAAUUUGGGGAUCGACACCUUGACACAGUUGAGAGGUUGAAGAAGCGCAGCGAGCGGUUCAAGCUCCCAAUGCCAAGUGAAAAAGAUGCCCUGGCCAUCAAGAAGUUAGAAAGUGAACCACUGCCUUCUGCCAAAAGUGAAAAUCCAGUGGAUUCAGAAGUCAAACAAGAGCGGCCUGCCCGGAAAAGAAGGUGGAUAACUAACUGAGUAGGCCAUCAUUAUUUUGCUGAGUCUAUCAAGUUUGGCCAUGGGAAAAUUUCAGCUCAACCUGAAUUUUUAAAUUUUAGAACCCUGGCAAGCCAGCCAUGCUUAGUACCUAUAAAAUGUUGAAAAUGGCAUCUAUAGGGUUUGAUACAAUUUGUACUUCAGUUAUAUCAUCUUGUAACCAUACUACCUAUACAUUUAUUGUACACUGUAUAUACAAGUAAAAUGUAAAACAUGAACUGGUCACUACAGGUGGCACAUAUUUUGAGUGUCAAAAUAUGGCUCUUACCUGGAUGAUCUAGGUUAUGAGGAUUAUUGGUGAAUGUGACCAAGGCUGUAUGCAGUGACAUCAGAAACCAUUGGCAUGGCUGGUGAGGCAUUCAGCCUGAUACUGGUGCCUUCCACGUGAGGCCUAGCAGGUCAAAGUUUUUGGAAAACAAGAAACAUCUUGGCAAAGGGCUAUCCAAAGAAAUGCAUGCUGCCUGCUUCUACAACGUGUGUUUUUUUCAAUCGAAUUAUAGAUGCCUUGGGUUAUUUUCUUUGUUGUAGAUUGUUAGCAAGCACUGAUUACUCAGUUUUCCUUAACAUCUUUUCCUUUUCUUCGCGGGAAUCAUGAAACUUAAGCAAUGAGCCUUUGUUGUAUCUAGAGAUCAACAUGACAUGUAGUUACAGGUUAGGAAUUUCAACAAGUGAUGAAAGAAAAUAGAAGCAUAAUUUAUUGCCUUUU